AUGUCUGCUAAUCAAUACAACUGGGUAUCUUCAACAUACACGAUCGCGUAUAUUAUUUUCGAGACACCGAGCAAUCUGCUACUCAAAAGAUUUACACCAAGGCUAUGGCAAACACGAAUUUUCUUGUCUUGGGGCAUUGUUCUCGCAUGUCAGGCCGCUGUGAAAAAUCAACAAGAACUUCUUGCCUUGCGCUUUUUACUUGCAAUACUAGAAACAGGCUCUUAUCCCGGAAUCCUAACCCAACUGAACUCGUGGUACCCCAGUGAUGAGAUGGCUAAGCCUGCUGCAUGGCUGCUGGGGAUCUCUCAAUGUUCCUCCAUCUUCGGAUCCUUGCUUUGCUACGGCAUAAGCUAUAUGGAUGGUGUGCGUGGAUUGAGUGCGUGGAGAUGGGUUUUCAUAAUUGAGGGAAUUAUCACAAUCCUCUUCUCUGGUAUUAUAUUCCUUGCGUUACCCGAUUAUCCAAAAUCUCCCCGGAGCAACAAAUGGCUCAGUCCACGCGAACAGAAUUUUAUCGAGGCUCGGCUUGGCGAUCGGGCACCAAAAACAGAAGACGCGCCCUUCAGCAUGCAGGAGGUUCUCGAGGCUAUCAAGUCGCCGAUCCAAUGGUCAUUCACGUUUUCCCAAAUGCUCAUUAAUCUUGGCAUGUACGCAUUGACAUGGUACCUGCCUACUCUCACUACUAGCUUCGGUUACACAAAACUCCCAGCCAACCAGCUACUCAACAUCCCACCCGCUGCAACUGGUAUCAUUGGUGUGGGAAUGGGAGCUCUCAUUCUGCGCCAAGCUAUGGCUUCUAGACCAGCUCAGUUGAUGUAUGUAUCUCCCAUCGGCAUGGUACGGUGUUGCUCACUUCAUAGGAUAUAUAACGCAGGAAUUAUCCUCUCGUUUAUUCUUUUCUUCACUGUUUCAGCCACUGCUGGACUAUAUGUUGCCUGCAUGCUUGGAACCUUCUUCAUCAAUAUUUACUACAUUCCGUUCAUUUCCUGGCGCUCAGCUACGAUGAAAGGUGCGACGGGCACAGCCUUUGCUUGGGGUUUGCAAAAUUCUAUUGGCCAGAUUGGUGGCGUCAUUGGCCCGCAGUUAUUUCGAUCCGAAUGGGCCUAUAAUCGAUAUAAAAACAGUUUUGGUAUUGCAAUGGCAGGGGUAAUCACUGCCAUAGCCGCCAACCUUGCCUGUUGGUGGUUGACCAAGACUCAAGAGAAGGAUUGUCUCAAGGCGGCCCAGAUCAAACGGCAAGAGUCAAAAUCGGAUGGCUUUUGA